UUAAAACAUAACCUCAACUUUAAUUACGCUAUUUCAAAAAUAAAUAAUGUGUUUAUAAAUAAAUAAACAAUAAUCAACUAGUUAUUUCACAAAAAUGUCUCAAACACAACUCUUAAGUUGCCUCUCCAGGCUCCACAUAUCGCGAAACGAGUCCAAAUAUUUACGUAACCAUGUUCAGAUUUUGGUCAGAAAUUAUUCUUCAAAAAGUCCAAAACAGAAGACUGCUUCUUCUGUGUAUCGUACUAUGAAUAUAUUUGACAGGAAAGCGAAGGCUUUGCAGAGGGAAAGGACAGCUAGAGCAGAAGAUUAUCACUUGUCAGAGUAUAUUAAAGAAGAGGUUGGUUGGCGGACCGCCGACCGGGUUUUGGAUAUAAAACGGGUGUUUAAAAAUGCUGUUGAGCUUGGAGCAAGCCGAGGCUAUGUAUCCCGUCACUUCUUACCCGACAGUGUAGAAAAGGUGACUUUAUGUGAUACCUCACAAACACACCUAAACAAAGCCAUUGUAGGAGACGGAGUUAAGUUUGAAAAGAUUAUUAUGGAUGAAGAGAAUAUCGAUUUUCCAGAUAACAGUGUGGAUCUCCUAGUAUCUUCUCUAGCCCUGCAUUGGGUGAAUGACCUGCCCGGCGUCUUUGAUAAGAUCAUGAAGUGCUUGAAACCUGAUGGGGCGUUCCUAGCCUGCGUAUUCGGCGGGGACACACUAAUGGAGCUGCGACAAGCUCUGCAGCUGGCAGAGAGCGAGCGCUGCGGGGGAAUAUCUAAUCAUAUCUCCCCCUUUACCAGGGUUAGGGAUAUCGGGGGAUUGUUGACUGCAAGCGGCUUCACCCUCCAAACAGUGGACGUGGACUCCAUCGUAGUGUGGUACCCCAGCAUGUGGGAGGUCAUGCGCGAUGUCCGCGCACUGGGCGAGGGGAACGCGGCACUCUCGCGCCCUCUGCGACUCAGCAAGGACGUGCAGUUCGCCGCCAGUAGCAUCUACAACGAGAUGUAUGGCAAGGAAAUGCCAGACCGCAAAGUCAUGGGUGUUCCAGCAACCUACCAGAUAAUCAACUUCCUGGGUUGGAAACCAGACCCUAGCCAGCCACAGCCGAAGGAGAGAGGCACUGGUCAGGUGUCUCUGAAAGACUUGCAUAAAAUAGAUGAUAUAGUCAGAGACCCUAAGGUGGUUAAACUUAGCGAGGAUGAUAUGAAAUAAUAGAUUAAUGUAUAGGUACUAAAUACAUAUUAUGAAGCUGAACUGUAUGUCUGUUUGUUUGAACGCCCUAAUCUCAGUAACUACUGGUCCGAUUUGAAAAAUUCUUGCAUUGUUAGAUAGCCCAUUUAUCGAGGAAGGCUAUAGGCUAGUUUUUAUACGGGUUCGUGCAGAGGUUCAUCACGGAGGUACGUCACACCACGCGGGCGAAGCCGCGGGUGGAAGCUAGUUCGAUUAUAUUGUAAAGAGGAAAACAAUUUAUUUUUCUUGGUUGUAAUGGAUAAACUCAAAAAAUAACUGGUCCGAUAUGAAAAAAUAUUUUACUGUUGUAAAGCUACACUCUUCCCGAGUGUUUUAGGCUAUAUUUUAUCCCGGUACGGACAGUAGUUCCCAAUUCCCGAGUAAAUAGUAGUGUAGAAUAUGUAGUUAAAGAAUUUUUCAAAUCGGUCCAGUAGGUCCUGAGAUUACAGCUUUCAAACAAACUCUUCAGCUUUAUAAUAUUUUAUGUAGUACGUAUCUAUACAUAGAUAAAAAAAAAUAAAAACAAAACUUUGUAAAUAUUGUUAAGUAGGUACUUUAUUAAAAUAUAGUUUAUUUAUAUUGAUAAUAAAUGUUUAAAAUUAA